GUCGACAGACUAGAGAGACAAUACAAAGCAAAUAAAAUCCUCAAAUGGAUCCGGCCGACACCCGAAGUCCUGGCUCCGCACUGCGGUUCAAUGACAGCCAUUCUGGACGUGCAGACAGACGAACCGCCGGUGUUCCCGCUAGUGUGGAAAUUCCAGAUAGAGGAAAGGAUAGUGGAGAUCAGAAUCUCGACGCGUGCAUCUCCCAUCUGCUUCCGUUGCAGGGAAAGGGGUCACCUGGGAACAGACCAGAAGUGCCCCAAGUACCCGAAAUCAACGGCAAGAAAAGCUCAGUCGGUGGAAUCAGCAAGUCUGAAAACCAGUUUGAGAUGCUGAAGAAGGAAAAAGACGAAGAGUUCUCAGAAUUUGCAGCCUUCAGGUACGCGGAGAAGAAAAGAGCGAGAGAUCAGGGAACGGUUGAUCAGGACAAAACCAUCCCCACAAUCAGGGACAACUUCCAAGACCUUCGACCCAAGGCAAGGAAAACUGGUAAGAGCCAGAAGAAAAAGGACCUCAACAGUGACCGAAUGGAAGUUGAAGAGAAGUCUGAGCGGGCCCUAUUAGAGAAAGAAGUGGCAGUAGUGCUCUCACAGACUGAUAAACUUAAGAAGUGGAACAAAGAAUACACCCCGGACUUCACCUCCAUCGCACAGAUUACGCGUGGGGAGGCCCCAGUGGUGGUCGAAUCCGCCAAGUCAGCUCGCAGGACCCUAAGGGACAUUCGGCCCCUGGUCGUGGCCAGAUAUGCGAGGGAGGCGGCGGAGUGGCAGAUCGCAACCGACGUAGCCUUCAAAGUUCCCCACUUUGUAGGAGGGGAGAACGUGGUCAGGACACUCAAAAGCAAAGUGUCGCUCGAGGUGCCUCUAGGAUUUUUUGAGACAGCAGAUCCGGAUGAAGAAAUGGCAGUCUCUAACUCACAGCAAGGGCAGCAGGAUACAACGCGGAGUACCAAUGAUCAGAUUCGAUAUCAUCCGAGAGCCUUCUCUCCCUUCAUAGUCAAAUUGCCAGAAUCUUCACCUCUACUACCAGGUAUGCUUUGGAAACCAUGGAGGACGGUCAUGGAGGUUCCUUACAGCAUUCUGGCAGGCGCCGGGAUGUCAGCAGAACUGCUGGCCACAGCUCUGUCCAAACUGGUGACUGCGAAGCUAUUGGACGGCGAUGACGACCUGGAAAGUAGGACUUACGCGGUCGACGGUGAAAGGUUCUACGGGAGUGAGAAGUCGGAUGCUGGGUCAUGGAAGGCGGAAGAUGAAAAAGAUGACUUAGAUCUGCUGCACAAUCAGCUGUUAGAAGGGUCAGGGAACCAAGAAGACCCGAAGGGAGGAGAGGGAGUAGACCCGACGGGGAAGGAUUCCCCCSCUGUCCCCACAACCAGCGAGCUGGAACUCUUCGGGGACACACUGGGCGAAGACACUGGUARGAUGGACAACCUUACCUAAAUGACGGAYAUCCUCCUAAGGCUGCCUCKCCCACCCCAUCUGUCACCAUGGACARCUACAUAAGGAAAG